AAAGAUUAUUCCAACAAUAAAAAAGGGAAACAAAAAAAAAUAAAAAAUAAAAUAAUAAAGGGGAAACCUCAAUUUAGCGUCUUUGUAGAGGAAAGAAGACAACCAUCAAUUGUUGUAAAUUCGAAAAGGACAGUUGAACAUCAUCGUCCCACCUCCUUCUUCAACAUCCCUUUUUUGAAGGGUGGGUUCUUGAAAAUCUUAGAAAAUGGCUACCGGCGAUGGCAUUGUCACAACUACAAAGGGUCAAGAAGAACAAAAUAUAUUAAUCUCAGAGAGGGAAUUUUUCGACCUAUGUGGACCCGUAUACCUAACUGCUGUUGACUGGGACAAUGUUGUUCAUCGACGAUCUGUGGCUGCCAGUUUGGUUCAGGGCGUCUACAUCCUAGAGCGUGACAAGCAAGAAAAACGGAAGGGAAGUCAAGCUCUUGCUCCUCCAUGGUGGAAACAUUUCCAAUUUGAGUUAUAUCGCGUGCUUGUUGAUGAUGUUGAUUCCUGCAUUUUUGGUGCUAUAUAUAAAUUUGCACCCUCAAAAUCUGAUUUUGGUGGUUCCAAAGAUACAAGCCAACGAUUUGUUAUUGCUUUCCGUGGGACCUUAACCAAAGGUGAUGCAUUUACACAAGAUUUGCUAUUGGAUGUCCACAUAAUCCGGAAUGGACUUCAUCAGACUUCUCGCUUUGAGACAGCCAUUCAAGCCGUUCGACAUGUGGUUGCAACAUUUGGAAGCUCUAAUAUCUGGCUAACUGGUCAUUCCUUAGGGGCUGCAAUGGCAAUGCUUGCUGGCAAAACCAUGGCAAAGAGUGGUGUAUUUCUGGAUGCAUUUUUGUUUAAUCCGCCAUUCUUGUCGGCCCCAAUUGAAAGAAUUAAAGAUAAAAAAGUGAAACAUGGGAUCCGAUUUGCAACCAGUGUUAUAACAGCAGGACUUGCUUUUGCUGCGAAGGCAAAGAAUAAAAGCGUGAAUACUCAAUCUGGAGAUACAUUUGUUGCAUUAUCUGCAUGGACGCCAUGCCUAUAUGUGAAUCCAUCGGAUCCUAUCUGCGCAGAAUACAUUGGCUAUUUUGAACACAGGGAAAAGAUGGAUACAAUGGGAGCAGGAGUUAUCGAGAAGGUAGCAACCCAACACUCGCUUGGUGGUCUUGUCUUGAAUUUCAUGGGGAAGGAGUGUGACGAGCCAUUACACCUUAUUCCAUCAGCCAAUCUAACAGUUAAUUUGACUACUCUGGCGGACUUCAAAGAAGCUCACGGGAUUCACCAAUGGUGGAAACCUGAUUUACUUGUAGAGUCCAAGAAACACCAGUUUACAUGAAUGAUAUAUAAAACAAAUACCACUACACGCGAUAGAUGGUAUGUUUGUCUAAUUUGUUCCCCUGCUCGGGUAUAUUUAUGGUUAUCGACACAUUACAUUUUGCUCUUAGCUUAAUAGCUGUGCCUUCUAUUGGUGCUAAAGUUGCUUUACAGAUGCAUUGUCAUCUCUUGUUACUUUCGACUCCAGUUUUAUUCAUUCAUGUUUCUAUGUUUUGGUGAAUCCAUCUAUCAGUUUUGUGCCUCA